AUGCAUGGAGCCCCCAACACAGCCCCAGCGAGGCCCCAAGGGCCCCGGAGCCUGGCACGGUCGGUGCCCGGGGAUAAGGAGGCAGGGGGAGGCCGAGGAGCCUUAGGCUCUGCAGAGGCCGGGGAAGGGAAAGCCAACCGAAAGGCGGUUGCACAGCACAAAAUGCGGCAGCGGAGCAAAGUGGGCUGGGGAGAUCUAUGGCAGAGCUGGCACCGUGGGCACAGCACCGGGGGUUGGGCGAGAAGCCUAGGGCGAGGGCGCCCCCCGGACCCGAGAGGUGGCUCCCAGCCGAGUCCAGAGCCGCUCGUUCCAGCGACCCGAAAGGGAGACGGCAGGAGGAAAGAGACCAGGCCAGAGGCAAACUCCCGGGACACGCACCGGGCUUCCCGAGUGGCACAGGGCGGGGAAGCCGUUCUUGGCAAUGCCCGGGGGUCGGAAACGGUGCUGCCAGGCUGUGAACAGUCCCGGCGCCGUGCCGGCCAGGCCGAGGGCGUCAGGGAACUGCGGUGCCCCGCAGUGACUGAAGGAGGCGCAGGGAAUGGGAAAGAACACAGAAACGCGCCUAGAAAUAGCGCACCAUUUGCCCCGGCUGCAGGGGGAGACGCGUCGCGGCUCAAGGGGGCAGUUGAGGAUUCCGAAACCGGCCAAGGACUUACUUUGAGAAGCCGCAGAGUCACAAGCAUCGCUCCACGUCUGUGUAAAUCCUUGAACCCAAGCGGGUCAGACGCCGCUGUUUUCGCAGACGCCAGCGGGAAGAACCGGCACGGUUCUCUGAGCUUCGCAGAGCCAGCCCGUUCCAUCUGCCCGCUCAGCCGGCUGCUCAGCAGAGAGUUUGUGAAGCCACACACUGAACCCUUUCCCACAGGCCAGGGAGAUGUGACUCAGAAACACAGCAGGCACCCGGAGGAGGAGGAGGACGCCUUGGCAUCAGGCUGUCCAUCAGCCCUCAUGGAGCGGGAUCUGAGAGGAGCUCAAACCAGGGUCACGGAAGAAGAAUCCGACAGCCCUCAGUGGACAUGGGAUGGUUGGUUCCUGCAUCUGCCCCAGUCUCCCAUUUACAGGCUUUUGAGACCUAAAGAGAAGUCUACUGGGAUGAAUUUUCUUCUCAGAACAAUAGAACCUUGAGGAAAGAAAGUUUUAUUCACCUGCCUGCCUUUCCAGCUUGGGGUGCUAGUGCCUGGAGCUUUGGCAACUGUAUUGUGAUCACGAGGUUAAAAAGUGUGAGGAGACUGCAGCUUGACGAGAACAUGCUUUGCACAAGCUUAUACUACUAAGGGGCAAAACCACACACAAACCCAGGUGAGGAAACUGAGGCUCAGUGGGAUUAAAGGAUUCCAGCUGGGAACACUGGAGACAUCUGAAUUUCUACACAGGAGUGUCAGGAUGACUGGAAGGUCAUGGGGCUGGUGGACUUGAAGCUCCUUUUGUGCAAGACGGAGAGAAUGUUAACUGUCCAGUGCUCCUCCAACUAGAAAGUGGACAGCAGGAAUAUGAACACAGGGUUUCUGACUCUAAAUCUAGAGCAGCUGACUCUGCAGAAGAAACUGGCUCCGAGGCCACCAGGCAGCCAUCCCGCCGUUUCACUGCACGCGUCUGCGCAUUUCUCAAGCCCAGGGGCGCUUUUCCCGCAGUGUGAGCCGGGAACCCUUGUCAAGGUGCAUCUUGAAGUCACUUAACGCUGGGCCCCGGGUACUGAGGAGCAGCCUGCCUGAGGCAGCACUGGCAGAAGGCAGCCUUGGCCUUGCCCUUUGCCUCUGACCCUUCGGGGCCGCUUUCCUGCCUGGGCGCCGCCCUCAUCUCUCCGCGCUGACAGACCACCCUUAGCUCUGUUCCACGCUCGCCUCCAGGCACUGGUGACUGUUUCAGCCAGCGAUUCCCAGACCUCUUGCAAAAUCACCUCUACGUUGCCUCAUGGAGAAGCCAGUAGCUUUGGAUCCUGAAGAUCUGAGAGCUCUUCUAUCCCCUUCCGUGACCGUCUGCAUAAUCUUGGGACCUGACUCCACCUCACUGUGCUUCACUUGUACCCUCCAUAAAAGGAAGCAUUACAACUCAUCUUUUCUGGAUCCUGGCUUCUUGAAGUACUGCUCUUGGCUGAGCUUCCUCCCCUGAAAAGCAAAGCUGUGCCAGACGAAUCAUAGCUGAGAAACUAAAACACCACGGGAUCAGAAACAUCUAAUAAAGACCAGGUGAGUUGCUGCAGGGAGCAACAUGGUGAGGGGGCUAAUGAAAAGGCAGAAUUCUCCAGUGAAGUUUGACCACGCCUAGAUGUUGCACAAUGAACAAAACAAAAGGCAUUUGCUGUGCCCCUGCAUGAUUAGCUCUCAGAUAAGAUGAAUGAUCUCUGCAGUGCAAGUGCAAACACAGACAGUGUUGGAAAACAGCCGCAGGAAAAGGUACUGCAAGUAAAAUGUGAUCAUCAUCAACACCGCCUGGCCACCAGAUAAGGUAAUCUAUGGUUUGAUAGUUGCGUAAAACUGUAGACCCCUUUUGAAAAUAAGUCGAAAUAUUCCAAGGACAGAUUGCAGAUAAAUACGUGUGUGAGUCUGAUAAAAGAGCUGAAAUACAGGCAGAAAUGGAGGAACAUUGAAGUAAGGUGAGCUCAUGUUGUUCCACAUACAAAGGCUGGCAGGCAGUCGCACAGAGGUGAAGAGGGUGGACUCAGAGCCCAGAGAUGCAUUGUCCAGUGUGACAGCCAGGAGCUAUUUGUGGCUCUUGAGCCCUUGAAAUGUGC